CGAUCGCGACGUCGCCCUCCCCCGUGUAACGAGGGCAUCCCGUGGCAACUUCGCGGCGUACGGCGUACUUCACCCCCUAUCCACAGAACCUGCGGAGAGUCGCGUUCUACUUGUUUCUUCCGUUCGGUAGAGCCUUCCAAUUCCUUCCCAUUCUGCUCUUUUUCUCCCCUCCUCUCCCCCUCUCCUUUCGCUCUCUUUCUCUCUUGGGAGAUUCCACUUGACCAUUCGUGCCUACCUGGAACCUGGGACCUAAACGCGCGACCACUACUCCCUCUGGAUCUGGAUGCUCGACGAAGAGUCUUUUUCUUUUGGGGCGAGUGGCGAGCGUGAAGAGCAAACGCUUUCUGACUCGAGAGUGGCAAGAGUGGAGUUUUACCUGUUAGUGUGUGUGUGAGAAUAAUUGUGUCAAUCGGAUAACGCAGCGGAAACCGCAACCGGCAUGGACGUCAGCGGGAUGAGACCGAUCUUUGGUGGAUAUCCGUUCCAAGGACAAGGACGGAUGAAUCAGCUAGGUGGAGUGUUCAUCAACGGGCGACCACUUCCUAAUCACAUUCGUCUGAAAAUCGUAGAAAUGGCCGCCGCGGGUGUCCGUCCUUGUAUGAUCUCCAGACAGCUCCGAGUCUCGCACGGGUGCGUCUCGAAGAUCCUGAAUCGAUAUCAGGAAACCGGAUCCAUUCGCCCGGGCGUGAUCGGCGGGAGCAAACCGCGAGUGGCCACGCCGGAAGUCGAGGCGAGGAUCGAGGAGCUAAAGAGGGACAAUCCGGGAAUAUUCUCCUGGGAGAUUAGAGACAAACUCGUGAAGGAAGGUUUUUCGGAUCCACCAAGCGUCAGCUCCAUUAGCAGACUCCUUCGGGGUGGCGGCAAGUCGGGAGAUGACGGCAAAAAGGAUUACACUAUCAACGGCAUAUUAGGCGGUCGUUGCGGUGACGAUUCCGACACGGAAAGCGAGCCGGGCAUUCCACUAAAGCGAAAGCAACGCCGAAGCAGAACAACGUUCACCGGAGAACAGCUCGAACUGCUGGAAACUGCGUUCCAACGAGCACAAUACCCAGACGUUUACGCCAGGGAGGAAUUAGCUCAGAGAACUGGACUGACGGAGGCGAGGAUUCAAGUGUGGUUCAGCAAUCGCAGGGCGCGACUCCGCAAGCACACCGGCAGCAUAGCGCACUCGGUGACGAACCUGCCGUUGACGCCUUGCCAAUACGCCAGCCACGAGCUCGUCCAGAUACCGCAAAUGCCACAGAUGCCAGGUGGAAUACCUCAGGUACCCACAACGUUGCAUCACAGCCCGACGACGCUGCAUCAGGCGCCCAGCAGCGUUCACCAAGUCCCAACCGGCAGCACCGCCAUCGCCCAAAUGGCUAGCACGAUGGCCCAGGUGCCCACCACGAUGAGCGGCGCCCUUCAGGGACACGCGGUUACCAUUUCCGGUCAUAUCGGCUCGCUUCCGGGACACACGGCCUCCAUGCAACUCGCGCAGGUAUCGACAAUGCAGCCACCCGCCGCGCACGGCGCGCCUACGUCGCUUUCGCACAACGCUGGUAACACCGAUUGGUCCAGGGCGCAGCUCGGCUGGGCUGGACAAUUUAAUCAUUUUCAGAGCAGCGAGUACGGUUCAGGUCACACUGGUAGUCAUCAGCACACGAAUUCUCAGAGUCAAUCCUCGAGUACCUCAAAUACGGCGGGUUCAACAUCGGACUGGUACGAUCAAGGUUACGAUUACGCUCAGCACGCUCAGCUUAAUUAUCACCGUAGCGUGGGUGGAAUAUUUUAG